UGGAGGAAAAGGGUCCAGUCUCUGGGAGAGAUUGGGAGAUUCCAAAGUGAAGUGUUGUCAGAUGAGCUCAGCUGCUACCUCUAGGCAGUUUGCCGACGGUUCUGUCCCCAACUCCGUACCCCUAUCCCCCAUAACUCCAGUCUCUUCUAGCUCUUUGCUUCACUCGGAGGGAAGUUUGGGUUUCAAUAUUUGGAGCCCUGAAGGGGAUCACUCUACCUCUCCCACACAGCCUCGUUACCUUCCGGAGUCCCAAGAAAACUGGUACUAAAUCUGGGAAAGUGAUCAGAUUUAAGAGACCUGGAUUGUAAGGGUUCUGGGGAUAAUAAGGGAGGAAAGGGAUAGUACAGAAACACCCCUGUCCUUUCACUCCAGAGAAGUCUCUGCAGCAUCCUGUUUAACAAAAGGUUUUUUUUUUUUUAAAGCAAAUCCCAAUCCCAGAGUAGGAGAAGCCGCUCUCCCACCCCCCACAUACACACAUGUACAAUCCACUAAAUCCCCUCCCCCCAUGUGGCCCCAUAACACCUCCCUCCUCCCCUCUCUUUGGAAUGGGGGAGGGGAGAAGUCUGUCUUUGACAAGUACAGUCAUUUCCCAGAUUGGAGAGAUAGAUCUUCCCUAUCCUAAGUACCUGCACUGUACUAUCUCAGCCCUUCUCUCUCUCUCCCUUUCUUUGUGACCUUUGCCCCAAACCUUAAAUGAAUCUCUCUCUCUCUCUCUCUCUCUCUCUCUCUCUCUCUCUCUCUCUCUCUCUCUCUCUCUCUCUCAACUCUCUCCCUCUCUCUCUCUCUCUCUCAAUCACACUAUUCCACUAUUCCUGACUUUAUAUCAAUCUCCCUACCCUCAUGAAAUUCCUCUUUGUGUCACCCACUCUACAUUAUCAACUCCUUGAACCCCACAUCUGCAUUCCAGGUUUAUGAUCAAGUAUGAUUUCUGGAGAGUAGAAGGGUACUGGGGCCAGGGCAUCCAGAAGGAUCACCCUUACUGGUUCUCAAAGUCCUUCUAGGAACUGGAGGCAGGGGCUAUGUGGAAACACUGGCAGACCCAAAGGCUCUGAAGAGGUCAAGGAGGUUGAGGGAAGAGUAAAAUAAAUUGUCCCUCCUGACAAAAGCCAUCCAAAAAAUUGAGAGAUACUUUUGGACUGUGGAGAGAAAUAAAAGGAGCCACAGAAUGGAGUAGAUGAAGUGGGGGAAGGGAAUGUUGUGUGUACCUUAAAUUUGGGGUAUGAGUAGACUGAUUUGCUGAGAAGUAGCUAAAUGCUAAAUGGUUCUAAUGGUUUUGCAGAGCCAUUUCAUAAUUUUCCUUUUAAAUAAAGAGACCUAAGGAGUACUUCUUGGACUGAGAGGAUGGGAGCAGUUGACUAAAAAAGACUUUUUGUUGUUGCAUCUGUGGGUAUUCCAGAUGGUGGGAAUUAGGGAAAAGGAAGACUGUUCUCUUUACCUCUGAUGCCUGGACUUCUAGUUGUCGACUGGGUAGAGAGAGAACUUGGGACCUGGAUGGCACAAGUACCUUUAGACAGGAGAAAUCUUCAUGUUUUGGAAGUAUGGUUUGGGGUUAGAGACUUUGGAGGAAGGAAGGCAGGGCUGCCCGUCUCUGGAUAAGGAGGAGAAAGGGUUUCAGGAGUGGUGGUGGAGGGCGUUGUUUUUAAGUUCUGCCUGGUUGGAACAUGUGCUUUUCAGUAAAGAUCUGUUUCUUACCCUGCAAGAAUAACAGGGGAGAGAAUGUCCACUUGUCUUUUGACUUCAGAGUUGGAAAAUUUCAACAGUUUUACUUCCACUCCACUUAGAAUCCUCCACAGAACACCCUUAGACAUGUACCCUGUGCAAUUCUUUUGUGACUUGCAACACAAAGAAGGCUGUUUGGAGAGAGAAUCCAACUUUUACCUUGUUCUGUAACACAUGGACCAAUGGGAGGAGGGGACUGGGAAUAUAGGCAUGUGUAAAUAAAAUGUGGGGGAAAGCAAUGAGUGUUCCUAGGGGAUGUCACUUAAGAUUGUUGGCAUUGAAGUUUUGUGUAUGCCCAGCUAGAGGAUCUGGAAAUGAAUUGAGUGUUUUUGUGUCUAAACAAUAUACAUGGGAUAUGUGGGGAGGGUCAAGGGGUACAAAGUAUAAAUUAAUUGAGUUAAAUUGACAGGGAGAAUACAUGUAAAACUGAGGGGUAUACACUAUCGGGCACAUAGGAACUAAUAAUGCUAUUUAAUUGAUUGGUUGAUUUAUAGAUUGUGUUUUGGAAAUAUUUGUAGGAUGGACAUCUGAAUAAAGAAAGCCAGAGUAUACUGGAUUAUAGCUUUAGGCUAAGGAAAAGAUUGUUUUUCUUCAGGGAGAAAAGGGAGAGCAGAGAAAGAUAAUUUGGAGAAAAGGGAUAGCUUGUGUCUGGCUGCCUGGGGAUGUUGAAUGCAUGUGGUGUGGGAGGAAUGUGUGUGAGAGAAAAGUGGACUUGAGUUCAGGGUUGUUUGCCUGAGGAUUAUCAAGGGGAUGUGUGUAGGGGGUGGGGAAAGAUUAUGGGAAGAGCAGGUUGUAAACUUUAUAUGGAAGAUGUGUAUGAUGUGUGGGGGUCUGGGCACUGAAGAAUUUGGCAGGAAUGGCAUUGAGGCAUUUGAGGGGUAUUAAAUUGUGGACUAGGACAAGUUCUUCUUGUCAUCUUGGAGGGCUUAUGUGGGAAAGGAAGCUAUAUUUCCAGGGAGAUGAGUAUUAGGAAGGGUUAAGAUGAGGUACUCACAUAUAAGAGAAGAAUGUUAUCUAGUAUCUACAUUACCUACUUCAUUUUGUGAAGGACUUUAGGGAGGAGGAAUAGGAAGAGAUCUAUAUGUAAGAUAUGAAUGAUCAAAUAGGGCUCAUCAUUGCUAUAGAGAAGAUGCAUAAUGUGUAAUGGAUGCUUAUGAGAGUUCCCCACCAUUAAUGACUAUUCUUCAGCUUUAACAUUUAUUCAUUAUUCACCUAGUCCUUGCUAGGUGAGUAGCACAGUGUUAGGUGCUCUGAACUUAUAGUACCAGAAGCAUUGAGUCUGGGAAUGAUUUGAUUGCUCAAGGACCUAAGGAUGGCUAGGUGACAUAUUGAAGAUCCUUUUCACUUUAUAAUUCUUUUUUUUUUGAGAUGGAUUUAGGUGCUAGAAGAAUAUAUCUGACUUUGGAUUUGUGUGCUAGAAGAAUAUAUCUGACUUUGUUCAGAGUAUUGUGUCUGUGCUUCAAGAUUCUGAUGACAUGCACCUCGGUUUUGUGAAAGGACCAAGGGUGGUAGUAGUAGGCAUUAGUGAAUUAGAUGGCUGAGCACCAGGCUGAAUAAAGAUGGUCUGGGAUGUUUGGGACUAUUUUGUGUCAGUGAAUUGAAUAAGGGAGUCCUAAUGUAUGGGGGAGGAGGGAAGUCAAAAGGAGAGAGUAGGCUAAAUAGAUGGAAUAGAGCAAAGCAAAGAUACAUGAACUCAGAUGUUCAUCUGAGAUCAAUGGAAUGCAAUGCAUAUGUGUGCAUGUGUGUGCUGGUCAAGGGGGUUUGCUCAGAAGUAUAUAUGUGGAAAUAUUGGGGUGAUAUAAAUAGGAGUAAAUGAGAGCUAGAUAUAUAAAAGGGCUAAGUAUUUUACUCAAGCAGCUAUAAAGUGGGACUAAAUUCCCAUAAAAAGGAAACAGGGGUGUUGUGUUUAUUUUGCUUUAAAUGCAUUGUGUAAAAUGAGGUGUUUGAUAGAUGAAACAGGGUAUAAUAAUGGAAAGAACAUGCAUUUAGAAAAAUAGAUUGUUGAUCCUCAAGUUCAGUCUCCAAAGUAGAGUGGGUAGUGAGGCUGGUAAGGAUAACUAAUGAAGUAGAAAUCAGAAGAAUGGGAUGAUAAAGGUAAAAUAUAUAUCAGUGGUAAAGGAUAUGAUAAAGUAUGUUUUUAUGAUUGUGUGUGUCUCUGGCACCAGAGGCUGUUACUGAAUGUGAAAAAAAAUGGAAGAGCACAGUAACGUCAAAAACUCAUGGCAUGUUUGAAUGUGUUUAGUAUACUCCAGAUUGACAGUAAAAUCUAGUUGCCAAUUCCAUCUCCACUAUUAAUUCAGUGACCUUGGGCAGAUCUUUUAUUAAAUUUUUCAUGACUUCAUACAUUGAAAUAGCCAAUCCUAGUUUAGUCAGUAAGUCAAUAAACAAUUAUUAAGCACCCACUACAUGCCAGACAUGGUGCUAAGCCCUGGAGAUAAAAAAGAGACCAAAGGCAUUCCUGUUCUCAAGGAGUUCACUUUAUAAAGAUAGAGACAGUAAGCAAACAAAUAUAUACAAGAAUCAAUCUAUAGAUAGGACAAAUAGGAAGUAAAUAAAUGAGGGAAGGCACUUUAGCAUUAAGAGGGAUUGGGAAGGGUUUCCUGAAGAAGAUAGGAAUCCAGGGAAGUCAGGAAGUAGAUAUGAGGGAGGAGGCAUGGGGGACAGAUAGAGAAAAUACCCAGAACUAAGAGGACUGACUUCUAGAAGGUUAGUGUUACCCUAUGAAAGAGUACAUGGUGAGGGGUAAAGUGUUUAAGAUGUUCUGAGCAUCCAUACCCUUGGAAGCUUUUUUGAGGUUGUCAGAGAAAGGUUUUAUGAGUUGCCAGAGUUGAAGUUCACUCAAAAGACAACAGAGUCACAUGGGGGCAUGAAUAGGCUUUAAAACAAAGAAUUGUACUAGAGAAGCAAAAUGCAAGGUUAACGCAGAGAUGUAUGGCCAGAAAAGAUACACUGAUUAUGCAGGGGAAAAGUCUAUAGGCUUCAACAUUACCACCACCAUGUCAAGAAUUGUAGAGGAAGCACAGAUUUCAUUGAGAGAGCCUUUGUGGAGAUUUUAUGUCCGAACAGAGAUGAGGUUCACAUGGAAUGUUCAGGCAUGGCUGAGUUUCCAGCUCUACUUUUGGAGGGACUACUCAUAUUGAUGACAUCACUGAGGCAUUGAAGUAUUGAAGGAAAUUAAAGACCAUUACCGGAAAGAACUUCUUAGAGGAAAGUUACUUUCCCUCCUCCAACUAGUCAGACAAUAAUGGCCAAAAAAAAAAAGAGAGAGAGAGAGAGAGACUUUGGGAGCACAGAAAUGAGUCACUAGCCUGUAGUAGUAGACCUGUUUUAAAUGAGAGCCUAUUCAGCUGUGCCUAGUUGCUAUUCCUUUUUGUUUUCCCCUAAGGUCUGGUUGCUUGAUAAGCAAGUUUUGGACUGGUGAGAAGUAUUGUGGGUGUCAGGUGUUGAGUUGUCCAGAGUCAUCUCUGAUAAAGUGAGAGUAGGUACCUCUUCUGUUGUUGAAGUACUGGAGUCCUGGACCCUGUAUUAGGGCCUAGGACUGCUGGUCCCUGGGGCAGUCUCCUACCCUUGUGCUCAAUGACCAUAAAUAGGCUUGAGCUGAGCUAUAUCCAGGAGGCACUAAACCAAUUCUGUUGCUUUUCUUGGCGAGGUUGGGCCAAUUAAAUUGAUUGGAAGAGGUCACUACUGAUGGGUCUUGCUUCCCCCCUCCUGGGCAAGAUAGGCCAGCAGAGUUUAAUUACAUAACAUUUCCCAUCUCUGCAUUUUCAUUCCCAUAUGUAUUCAAUGAACUGGCUUCUUCUCCUCCUCUACUUCCAGGAUGGCUAAUUGUAAUUGAGCAGCCUGCUUUUUUCUGCAGACUUCUCUGCAGCUUUUUCUUGAGCUGUGCUGGGCUUCCUCCCGCCUGAUGAUCUGGAGGGAACGUAAAUCCACAUGUUGGCUAGAAGUGAGAGAGGGGAUCCAGGCUAACUCCCAAGAUUUUUAAAACCCACCAACCUGCUCCAAGACAUUACCAGCUGCUGUUUUACUCAUUAAUGAGACAGGCAAUUUCUCUGGCAUCUGAUCUUACAGGUGAACAAGGUGAUGUCCAUCUUGUUUUAUGUGAUAUUUCUCGCUUAUCUCCGUGGCAUCCAAGCUAACAACAUGGAGCAGAGGAGUGUGCCAGAAGAUUCGCUAAAUUCCCUCAUCAUCAAGUUGAUCCAGGCAGAUAUUUUGAAAAACAAGCUCUCCAAGCAGAUGGUGGAUGUUAAGGAAAACUACCAGAGCACCCUGCCAAAAGCCCCCCAGGACCUGGAGGGGGCAGAACCCUUGAAAUCAGACUUCCAGCCAAUGGUUGCGAUGGAUACCGAAUUGUUGCGCCAACAGAGACGCUACAACUCUCCCCGGGUUCUGUUGAGUGAUAGCACCCCUUUGGAACCCCCACCCUUGUACCUUAUGGAGGAUUAUGUGGGCAACCCAGUGGUGGUGAACAGAACUUCCAGACGAAAAAGGUAUGCUGAGCACAAGAGUCAUCGUGGGGAGUAUUCUGUGUGUGACAGUGAGAGUUUGUGGGUGACAGACAAGUCAUCUGCCAUCGACAUUCGGGGACAUCAGGUAACUGUGCUGGGGGAGAUCAAAACCGGAAACUCUCCCGUCAAACAGUAUUUUUAUGAAACCAGAUGUAAAGAAGCCAGACCUGUCAAAAAUGGCUGCAGGGGGAUUGAUGACAAACACUGGAACUCUCAGUGUAAAACUUCGCAAACCUAUGUCCGAGCACUGACUUCAGAGAACAACAAACUUGUGGGCUGGAGAUGGAUAAGGAUAGACACAUCCUGUGUUUGUGCCUUGUCAAGGAAAAUCGGAAGAACAUAAGUUGGCAUCUCUCCCCAUAUAUAAAUUAUUACAUUAAAUUAUAUGAUAUGCAUGUAGCAUAUAAAUGUUUAUAUUGUUUUUAUAUAUUAUAAGUUGACCUUUAUUUAUUAAACUUCAGCAACUCUACAGUAUAUAAUCUUUUCUCCCCAAUAAAAUCAGUGUGCUUGUCUCCUUUCAGGCCUCUACCAUCUGUUAGACUGUGUUUUGUGCUCUUGCUCUCUCAGUAGCCUCUCUGUAAAAUCUGUGUACACCAGUAUUUUGCAUUCAGUAUUGUCAAUGCCGUGACUGUCAUUUUAGUAAACAUGUUAAAAUCAAAUGAUUUCAGAGUUGUGUAUAGACACAUUUAUGCCCCUUAUAUACUUUUCAUGUUUAAUUAAAAGAACUGUUCUCUUCUCCACUGAAAGUGAUGAUGCCCUUUAGCCUCCCAAGAAAAACUUCCAUUCCGACUGUCAUUUUCACUGUCAAAGUCGUGUUUUCACAUGUGAGCUGUCUUUUUUGCCAGGUAGAAUUACCACUGUCUUUUAUGUUAUGACCCUGGAACCAUAACAGCUAGCCUGGCAACUUUAGUUUUAGGAGUUUCUUCCAACCACGGUUGUUGUUUGGGGUUUUGUGUUGUUAUUGUUGGUUUUGUUUUAUGACUGGUCUUCAUGCUUCCAUUUUCUUUUAGAGUCUUAGGGGAGAAAAAAAAUUAAAACAUUUUAACAGAUCUUUUAUUUUUGUGGCUACCAGGAAGCAAGGCAAAGUGGCUUAUGAAUAUAAUAUAUAAAAGAAAAUGUAAUCAUAAAAUAUUAUUUAUUUGUGACCGGCUGACUUUCACCUUCUGUUGCUCUCUUUUCAGUUCAAUCUUACAUUCAUUUACUAAACAUCUGCUUUGUGAUAGGCACCAGGUAUAUGAAGAGAAAAUAUAACAAUCCCUGACCUCUAGGAGCUUACAUUUUACUGGGGGGGGGGGAACAAAAUAUUCACAAAGAAGUAAACAUAAAAUAUAUACAUCCCCAUUCUUCUCAAUAAACUCUAGUCUUUGGCAGCAUCCAUGUAUAGUUCAUUUCUCCUUUGGGAAUUGGAAAAGUAGGGACUUGGGGUGUUUGCUCAGAAGUUGGACAGCUGAAGUGUAGCAGGGAGCUGAGUUCUGCACUGCUGAAGAAGCAGACAAGGAGGUCAGAGUGGUACUGUUCAGCACUUAAAUUUUGUGGAAAGAAAAUAUAGCUGAAGCUAGUGAAAGGUCAUUCCAGAUGGUGAAAUUGUGUGCCAUUUUCUCUUCAUAUGUGUUACUAGAACUUCAUGGGAAGUAGACAGUCUACCUGUGGAGAGAGAACUGUAGAGCACAUAAAAACUCUGUUUAUCAAUCAGAAAGCAAAUUUGCUACUUCCCACCUCUUUCCUGUGUUCUUAUCUUGAUUCUUCCAUUAUAAUUUGAAGUCCUUUCUUCUUUGUAGUAUGAAAGUGCAAAAAGACUAGGCAAUGAAGAUGACAAAUUCUGGAAGCUCUUUCUAAAAAGGAAAGACUUCAAAUAUGUGUCCAGUAGGUUCACUUUUGAAGGACCAGCUUAGCUAAUGUCAGAGAGGUUCAUCACCAAAAGAUCAACUACCAGGUGAUGAUUUGUUUGGGAACUGGGAGAGAGGGAGCACAGAAAACCAUGAAGAUAAUUUGCUAAGGCAUGGAACAGUUGUGAUUUGUACCACACCAAGAGAAUUAGAGGUCCUUCAAUGGCCUCUUAAACAUUUUAAGGUCUUUAAUUUGCCACCUAGACACAGCAAGAUAUAUUAUACACGAACUAUGUGUAACAUAUGGCAAUGUAAUGUCCUGUUUGAUAGGAAUCUUUUAAAAUUGGUUUGGAAUGGAGCUUUGGCUUUGAAAAGUUCAGUACUCCCUCUCUCUCCCACCUGGUUAGUCUAAAACAGUACAUGUUUGAAUUCUCCUUCCCUUCCUGCAUCACCCUCCCCCUAACCCCUGUACCCCACUUCCUAUUUGGUAAUAAUGCUUUUUAGUUUUAGGAUUAUGGUUCUAAGAGAUAAAAAUAGGCAGAGUAGCCAAUCUAGAUGAAAAACUUUUAUAAUGAGUUUUCUCUGUACAGACUUCAAGGACAUUCAUCAAGGGUGAAAAAGCAAAGUCAAGGUCUCACAUGGUGUUCACCAAAUCUGUUUUUGCAGAUUUGUGUUAAGGAGAGAGGAUGGGGCUUAUAGAAUCAAGGUGGCAAGAACUAAAUUUUAUCUGGGCUUUCAGAUACAGAUAGCCCAUGUUCUUAAAUGCCAGGAGGUGACCUAUCUUCCCUAAAACAGCCUUGGAAUUUAAGACUCAGCCUACCUACCCCCAAGAGCAGGUCAUAUGGCCUUUAGGCAUGAGUUGUUGAAAGUUACAGCCAGAAGGAUCCUGGACAAGUUUUUAAAUGGAGAGCUUCUAGAGAGCCAGACUUGGAGAUAAGGGAUCCAGUGUGACCCUGGGACACCUGUGACACCCACCCUCAACUGCCUAGCCCUUACCAUUCUUCUGCCUUGAAACAAAUUAUAAGCAGAAGGGAAGACUUUCAAUACUAAACAAAGCAAUGGAGGGUAUCUGCAUUCUCCCUCCAGGGCCACUUCUAUUAUCACCAAGUAAGUCCCUUAACUAGCAUUCCUCCCUUCCCCAUCAUUUCUACCACUUAGCUUAGGUGGGAGGCAGGACAGAACAAAGACAUGGCAGGCAAUUCAAGGGAUGGGAGAAAAAAAUUUCAUUCUCUACCCUGGAAUUUUUCACAUAAAGUUCUAAACAUGUGUAUAAAGUUUCUGCUUGGCAAUGCCAAGGCCCACUAUGUAACACUUGAUUCUAGACACAAAGCAUCUCAUACCAUGGAAAGCCCUUUUCCAGCAGCAUUGGACAUGAUUGGAAAGUGUGUGUGUAUACAGCAUGCACAAAAAUGAACUCAUUCUCUUCCAAACCUUCCUCUAUUCCUAACUUCCGUAUUAUUGUUCGAGGCUACUAUCACCCUCCCAUUUACCCAAACUCACAACUCAAGUGGCACCCAAAGCUUCAAUCUCUCUGAUCAUCUUUAUCCAAUCAGUUGCCAAGUCAAGUCUUUCUACCUUCCUCUAACAUCUCUUUGCCCCUUUCUCUCCUCUGACACUUUAGCCAUGCUAAAGCAGGCCCUCAGUAAUGCUUUAGGUGCUCUCCAUGCUACAAAUCUCUUCCCCACUCUAACCUCUUCUCAGCUGUUAAAUUGAGUCUCCUGAAGUGUAUAUUUGAUUGUCAUCCCCCCCCAACAUUCAACAAACACUAAUCGCUCCCUUUUACCACCAAGAUAAAAUAAGAAAUCCCCUGUUUGGCAUUCAAAGUCUUCCAAAACCUGGUUUCUUAUUUUUCCAAUCUUAUCUUACUCCCUCCACUGGCCUUCUCAAUCCAGCAAAUGGCAUCCUUGCUGUUCCUUAAACAGAACAAUCCAUAUCCUGACUGUUCUCAUGACUUAUCUCCUAUGCCUGGACCAGUCUCCUUCCUCAUCUCUGGCUUCUUUGACUUCCUUCAAGUUUCCGCUAAAAUCCUUUCCUGGUCCUCUGUAACUUUCCUGCUUUCCCUCUGAGACUACAUAUGAUUUUAUCCUGUAUAUAAUUUGUUUUGUAUAUAGUUGUUUGCAUGUUGUCUUCUCCCAUUAGACUGUGAGCUCCUUAAGAGCAGGGACUUUUUUUUUUUUGCUUUUCUUUGUACCACCAGCACUUAGUAGAGUGUCUGGCACAGAGGCACUUAAUAAAUGCUUGUUAACUUAA